CUAGAGAUGGCUGUUCCCACUCUAUUGCCUCAAAGUUCAUUUCAACCAUACAAUAUAUCGGAAGACGAACAAGAAGAAUAUUCAGCAGCAAAGGAUGGAUUGUUGGAUCGUUUAGAUGAUCUUUAUGACGAUGAAAUGAAAUGCUCUGCAAACAUAAGCCCCGAAGUCAAUAGUUUGUUGUCUGCGUUUGAACAGGGAAUACACCCACGAGUCAUGAGCGAGGGCGAGCUGUCAGGUGGUGGCUGGCUGUCAUUCCUGCGGGCUGCCAUCAGCCACCUGGGUGGACUUUCCCAACCAAGGUUUUUGGAAGAGCUGAUCACCUGGCAGGACCAGGUUCUUGGGCAUCGAGUAUGGAUCAAGCUAGAGCGUUGCUCUGGCUGGUCGGUUAAACUGGAAGCUACGCGCCAUGAAUUCUUGGACGCCCUGCAGGACGCGGCGAUGCUAGCCGUUAUCACUAUGAGGCAGCAUUUCCCUUGCGAGUUCGGAGGCACUCCGUUUGAAGUCCUGCCCAUGGUGCCUGGGCAGAGGAGCAGCUGGCGGCCAGAAGAUGGUGCCGCGGCCGUCUGCGGCGACGCCGUGGCUUCCGCUUUUAUGGGGAUAGAUGACGAUGAAGUAGAACGUCUUCUCGCGGUCCGCUUCGUGUCCCUUUUCCAUGAGCGUUCCGAGUCUUUGCUACGUUUGAGGGAGCACGCGUUGAAGGAGCGGCUGCUGAUCGCGGAGAUGGAGAAGAUGGUGGAAGAGCUCGAUGGCUCCCCAACCCAAACGCAGGAGUUGGAUCGAAGAAUUGAGGAGCUGAAAAAGAGGGCCGGGGAGAUGCAUGGACUUCCAGCCCAUGCUGUCAAAGGAUACAUCGGUUGGUCCGUGUUCGUCACAAACGAGGCGCGCGAGGAGAUGAAGCCAUCUGAGGAUGGGGAUGAGGUACCGGCUGCACUUGCAAGCUCCCCAGCAGUAUCGGCCAGGGCCAGGCUGUGAGUGAUAUGCAUGCAUGCAUGCACCAGUUUCUACUUGUAGUUGGGGAGAAUUAGGAGAACUAGUCUAGUUCUACCCAAGUACAAGUAUUUAGAUACAGAGUAAGUAUUAUUCGAUAAUGAUGGUUACAAUCCAAUCAACAUGUGUUGUUGUAAUUCAUGUACUGCUUUUGGACUUGGAUGGUUUGAUUUUUGGGACUCUCGGACGUGGCACCGUGAACUCAUUUGUUGUUGUUGUAAUCUCAGACCCUUGCUUGUGUUGUAAACCUAAA